AUGGUUUCUGUCUUUCUGGCAGGCUUAAAUGAUCGUGGCGUUUUGCCAUAUUUUCCCAAUUUUUCUCAGAGCCAAAGCAUCAUUUUGCCUGAAGUACCAGCUCUUGGUACACUUGGCGACUAUGAAAUGCAAACACUUGGGUCACAACGGAACAAGUCACCUGACAAAAGGUCCGAUGUGACAAUCGAGGAAGCAAUGCAUUCUGCAGUCAUCUCCGCCUGA